UGGCCACGGGGGCGCCUGUAUAAAAGACGCGCCCAGCAGGGGCUGGAAGCGGCUGUAGACUUCGGCUAGACGAGGAUGGAGUGACCUGUGGCGGCCCUGGCCACGCAGACCCAGCUCGACGCUCCUCGCCCGCUCGCGCAGCAGAGCCGAGCCCUGCACUGCCGCUCCAGGAAAGGGCACGCAGCUCAGGAAGCCGCCAUGGACCGCGACGGCCCCGCAGGCAGCCCCCUGAUCGCUAGGAACGAGACCGCGCCGGCGGUUGCAGCCACCCGCGACUCGAGCCCCGGCCGGGCAGGGGCAGGACCGGCGGGCCCCGGCGGCGGUGCGCGCCUGGGGGGCGGGCGGCCGGCAGCAGCGAACGCUGCGCGGGAGCGAAGCCGCGUGCAGACUCUGCGGCACGCCUUCCUAGAGCUGCAGCGCACGCUGCCGUCGGUGCCGCCGGACACCAAGCUGUCCAAGCUGGACGUGCUGCUGCUGGCCACUACCUACAUUGCCCACCUCACCCGCAGCUUGCAGGACGACGCCGAGGCGCCGGCAGACCCCGGGCUGGGCGCCCUGCGCGGCGACGGCUACCUACACCCUGUCAAGAAAUGGCCCAUGCGAUCAAGAUUAUACAUUGGUGCUACUGGUCAGUUUCUGAAGCAUUCUGUGUCUGGAGAAAGAGCAAAUCAUGGCAGUACUACAACAGACUCACAGCCUUAGGCUCUCCUCUGAUGGGUGCUGGUAGAAAGUGGCGUCAUUUUUAAAUAGUAGGAAGUAAUUCUAUAUUUAUUACAUCAGACAUAACAAACAUCAUUCCUGAAAGUUCACAUGUGAAUCCAUGGUUGGAAGUUCAGAUUUAUCUGUCUAAUCUAUAUACAUGUGGAUUUAAAUAAUUGGUCUUGGACAAAACACCCAGCUUAUCUAUUCAUUGUGAGAGAUAGUCACUACUGAAUACUGUAAGAAAAACUAUUGGAAAAAAGAAAAACACCAAAAUCGAAGAAUUGUGUAUGUAUCCAGAGACUGUACAUGUUUUCUGUCGUAUACCUAGUACACACUGAGAAGCUGAUAUCUUAAUAGUCUUGACACCAGUAUUCCAUCUUUGUGAAAACCAGUUUGUGCUUAAAGUUGGUCUAAGAAGCCAUUUCAGUUGGAAAGCACGAGAUCAUUUAUUCAGUUUUAGCUAAAUACGUGUGAAAAGAUUGUUGAGAUAAUAUGAAGUUGCAGUAACUUCUAUAAUUAGUUAUUUUUCCCUCUUAGAAAACUUGGAGUAUUAGAAUAGUUUGCUGUAUUGGACAGGGCUUGGCCACCUUCCUAAAUGACUGUUAAAUAUCUUACUAUGUUUCCAAAUUGUGGAAGGCUUUGGGAAUCCCUGCAGCCCAGUGUGAAUAGCAGAUAAGUGUCACUGGGCAGAGGGUUUGUCACCCUCCUCCCUGGUUACUUCACCUCCAUCCCACCCGUGUUCAGGUCCUGGGCUAGAUGAGCAGGUGCAGCUGCAGCCAUCUUACAGAGAGCCAAGCCUGUCAGGGGCUUCAAGUGAGCGCCCAUGACCCUUGACAGUCACUGCUUUGGCUAGGCUCCUUCUCUCCCUUGUCAAUUGCCGUUCACAAUCUACCUACUUGGCCAUUACGAAAUAUGAAAAAACUGGGGUGCCUGGGUGGCUUAGUUAAGCGUCUGACUUCUCAGGUCAUGAUCUCGCCAUUCAUGAGUUCAAGCCCAGCAUCCGGCUCUGUGCUGUCAAGCUCAGAACCUGGAGCCUGCUUUGGAUUCUGUGUCUCCCUCCCUCUCUGCCUCCUCCAUCACUCAGGCUCUGUCUCUCAAAAAUAAAUAAACAUUUAAAAAUUUAAAAAAAAAAGAAGAAAUAGGAAAAAACCUGUCUGAUUUGGGAAUUCUGGCACUGAUCUGCACCUUGAGAGAGUCUGAGGACACAGAGUGACUACCUUGAGAUAAAUCAGGCCAGAGCAGACCCCACUGAAUCUGCCCCAAUUUAACCUACAACAGGAAGGUGCCCUGCUAUGGGCCUCUCCCACCACACUACACACCAAGUGCCCAGGGAGCUGCUGUUCUGCCUGAUUGCACCAGUUUCGGUUUUCAGCAGAAGCUUGAGGGUCAGAGCCAGAAAGUAGGAAUGUUUGUCGGGGAACACACUGAAUCUCAAAAUAGGGUGUAAUACAGAUUUAAAAAAUCAUCAGUCUCU